UGUUUAGUAGUAAUCCUCGAAAGGUUCCAUCAAAAACCCUCAGCAUCAUGAAUAUAGGAAAAGAAUACUUCUUAUUUUUGACUGCAACGUCAAUCUUUUUGUGUGAAUCUGCAUUUGUGGAUACUUUACAGAAAUGUAGUAUAGAAGACAAUGAAUGUUCAAGGAACUUUUAUCAGUCACUAGUUGAAACAUUAGCCGAGAAAGGCGCAACAGAUAUUGGUGUAGAAAAAAUCGAUCCGAUGGAAUUGAAAGAUGUCCACGUGUCUAUUCUGGAUCUCUUAAACUUGACUUUAGCAGAAGGCAACGUCGUUGGAGUUCAGACUUGUACUAUUAAAAGUUUUAAGAACGAUUUAGAAAAUAGAAAUGCAAAAUUGAAAGUUUUUUGUAAACACCUCGAGAUCCAGGGUAACUACCAAGUUGAUCUCAUCAGUUCGCUAUUGAAUAUACAGGGAAUCGGUGACAAGGUGCACGGGGCAGGACAUGCUAAAGUCAUCAUUGAUAAAAUUGAAGCCCGAAUUGACUUUCCGUAUAUCUUAGCGAAACAAGACAAUGAUGUAUACUUAAAAAUUCAAAAGGAUUUGACAUACAGUUUCAAAGUUUUAGGAAAAGCAACUUUUGUGGCUGAUAAUCUAAUAGAUGGUGAUACAAAAGCUAGUAAUAACGUCAUACAGUAUUUGAACGACCAUUGGAAAUUGAUUUUGGACACAUUCGGAAAAGUAUUCUUUGAUAAAACCAUAGAAUACGUACAACUCUUCAGCAGUAAAGUUUUCGAUAAAGUUCCAACAAAAUAUUACAUUAUUGAAGAUUUGUCUGCUUACGUCAAGUAAAAUUAAUUUCCUUUUUAAUUGUUACCUCCUUGCAUUUGCAAGAUAUUGUUAU